GUUCAGGAGUUUCUGGCUGCUCUUCACGUCCAUCUGACCUUCAUCAACUCUGGAGUCAACCUGAUGGAAGAACAACAAAUAACAGCUUCUCUGUGGUCAAAAAUGUUUAAAAAUACAAAUCUUAUUUUUCUCCAUCAGACUGCAGUGGACAAAGCUUUAAAGAGUCCAAAAGGACACCUAGACUUGUUCCUCCGGUUCCUCCUGGGUCUUUCACUUCAGACCAAUCAGACUCUCCUACAAGGUCUGCUGACACAGACAGGAAGUAGUUCACAGACCAAUCAGAAAACAGCUCAGUACAUCAAGGAUCUGAUCAGAUGGAAUCAGUCUGCAGAGAAAAGCAUCAAUCUGUUCCACUGUCUGAAUGAACUGAAUGAUGGUUCUCUAGUGGAGGAGAUCCAACAGUCUCUGAGGUCAGGAAGUCUCUCCACAGAUAAACUGUCUCCUGCUCAGUGGUCAGCUCUGGUCUUCAUCUUACUGUCAUCAGAAAAAGAUCUGGAUGUGUUUGAUCUGAAGAAAUAUUCAGCUUCAGAGAAGGUUCUUCUGAGGCUGCUGCCAGUGAUCAAAGCCUCCAACAAAGCUCUACUGAGUGACUGUACCCUCUACAAUGAAACAUGUGGAGCUCUGUCCUCAGUUCUCAGAUCCCAGUCCUCUAGUCUGAGAGAAAUGGACCUGAGAAUCCAUGAUUCAGGAGUGAAGCCUCUGUAUGAUGGACUGCAGAGUCCAAACUAUAAACUGGAAACUCUCAGGUAUGUGACCUCUCAGAGGAACAUGUUGAAGUUCUGUCCUCAGUUCUCAGCUCUCAGUCCUUCAGUCUGAGACAUCUGGACCUGAGUAACAACAACCUGACAGACUCAGGGAUCCAGCUGUUGUCUGUUGGACUGAGGAGUCCACACUGUCACCUGGAGACUCUCAG